AUUAAUGUUUGUUCACUAGAUUAGUGUCAGAAAGAGCGGAGAGCUCUUAAUCCUCUCGGUACUAAGCACUGGAAGUGUUACUGUGAGCAAUAUUCGGCCAGCAUUCAAACCAAUUUUUUGUUGUCUGAUUUUGCGGGCACUUGUUGAAGCUACAUUUGCAGAAAUUUGCCACAAUGUCAGCUUUUUGUCAGAUGCAGAAGAUCUCGAAGGUAUCGGCCUGCUGUUUGCUGAUCUUCGUAUGUUUAGCGAAGUCGUCCAUCAUUGAUCUUACAUCAGGACAUUCCUUCUUUGCUGCUUUGGAUGAGAGCCAGAAAGUGAAGCUGUAUUGGAAUGUCGACACUGCAAAGAAAGAGAUUUCUUUUACAGUGGAAGCCCAAACAACUGGAUGGGUCGGCUUUGGAAUUUCCACAGGUCAGGGCAAGAUGCAAGGAGCUGAUAUUGUUAUCGGCUGGGUGAAGGAUGGCAAAACAUACUUCAAGGAUCGUCAUGCAACCGGACACUCCACACCAAAGAUCGACUCUCAGCAGGAUUAUGUCCUGAUCGCCCUACAAGAGGAAAGUGGCAAGACCGUUAUGAAGUUUAAACGAAAGUUUGAAACUUGCGAUCCGGAUGACAAUUCAAUCAAGGAAGGCACAACUAAAGUCAUCUACGCUAUGCACCCAGAAGAUCCAGAAUCUGAAGAUAAUAUUCCAAUACACACCAUAAGAGGAGCAAGAAGUGUGUUUUUACUCAACGCUAUUAAAGACGUGCCCAAGUUUCCGGCUGAUGCCAAGACGUUCGCCUUCCUUAUGAACAAGACACAAGUGCCACCUAAACGUACAACGUACUAUUACCGCGUGUUCCAGUUUCCAACUCUACCUGGGAGACGGGACAUUAUUAGGAUCGAACCUGUUAUCCAAGAAGGUAAUGAAGGAGUUGUUCACCAUAUAUUACUUUACCAGUGUGAUCACAACAAUUUCCCUUCGAGCAAUCUCAGCUAUGAAGGAGUGGGUGAUUCCCCUGACAUGCCUCCUGCUGUGAAAAGUUGUAGUGGACCUUCCACCAUUGCCGCCUGGGCGAUUGGAGGCGAGACCUUUUAUUUUCCUGAACACGUGGGAUUUUCCAUUGGAACAAAUGACAGUCCAAAGAUCGUAGUAAUGGAAAUGCAUUACGAUAAUCCUUUACAAAAAACAGGCAUUUUAGACAGUUCUGGUUUGCGCUUUCAUUACACAAGUCAACUUAGAGAUUACCAAGCUGGUAUUUUGACCGUUGGAUGGCUUGUGUCUAAAAAUAUGAUCAUUCCGCCUCAUCAAGAAAGUUGGGAAACACAAGGCUAUUGUGUUGAAGAUUGUACAAAAGAGGGUAUGAAAGGAUCCUCUUUAUCCGGCGGAGGAAUCAAAAUAUUUGCCUCUGCUCUCCACACGCAUUUGGCUGGUCAUGCAGCGUACACUAAGCAUGUCAGGGAUGGUGUCGAACUUCCAGAGAUUAUCAGAGACGAUAACUAUGACUUCAACUUUCAAGAGUUCCAAAUUCCAGCUGAGGAAACCACAGUCAUGCCGGGAGACACGUUGAUAACUGGGUGCAAAUAUCAUACAAAGGACCAUCCAAAAUCCGGCGGUCUGGGAACGACCGAAGAGAUGUGCCUAUCCUUUCAUUACUACUAUCCUAAAAUUAAUUUGUCUAACUGCUUAUCGUGCCAGUGUCCAGCUGUGGAAAAUUGGUAUCAAUCACACUACUCGCAACAUCCCGCAAAAAACAACUCUCUGUGGAACGAUAAGUGGACUCCCGGACUGCGAGACAGUUAUCGAGACACCAACGCUAUAAAUGCUCACUGCAGUGGUACUGACGGAAAGGACCUGCCGGGUCUCGGUUGGAAAGUAGUGGACAAGCCAAAAAUCGACACUCCUUUGAAGCCAGAGCCGGUGUGCCAAGAUGUACCCUCAAGCUCCCCUAACAAACUAGCAUCGUGCAGCCUUGGGCUGGUAACAACUCUUCUUGCCGUGCUUUUCUCUUGUAUGUACUGAUUUCGAUACAAACCAAGGGGUUAAAAACUACAUGUAUUCUCAGUUUCCACUGAAAGUAAUUCCCAUUUACCCAAGUAAUCCACUUUUAUACUGAAAAUUGAGCUGAAUACAUAAAUUGAUAUCUUUCCAGAAAAAAAGGAGGCACGGAAGGCUUUCCCAAUGGAAAACUUUCUCAAAAUACCAUUUAACAGUGCAUGACAAGACUUUGUGUAUUGCAAUUUAUUUAACCAAUCACAGCAGCAAAUAGUAUCUAGUCUAAAGUAGAAAUAGUAGUAACAAUUGUAAUCACUUUGAUCUUUUUGAGAAGUAAG